AUGAGCUACAGCACCUGGGCUCGGUCGUUGCUCACGCGGGAUGAGCUCCACGCUGCUGUUGACGAACAAGCAGCCGAGGCCGACGAGCCGCAUGGCGAUGAUUCGUUGAUGAACGCGCUCGGGGUGCCGAACACGCUCAACAGCGUGCGAGACAAUCAUUGUAACAGUCAUUGUAACAGUUAUUGUGACAAGUCAGCAGCGUCCUCGUGUUGUAAGCUUGGGACCUUCUCCAGCCCUGUGUCUUCACAUGAUCCUACCAUGUCGCCCCCUCUCUAUCCAGCAUAUCCAAUGCCGAUGAGCGAUUCCUUGAGCCCUGGUCCGAUGAUGCCAGGAAGUGAGCUCGCCUCGCCACACAGUCCAAGCCCGAGCCAGAUGUACGCUGUUCCGGCGUACAGCAGUGGCGUUCCACAGAGCAUAAACGGAACACCGGUUCACUCGAUAUACAACGCCCCGCGGCUAUCUCGAGGAGGUAGUUGCUCCUGA